CUUCAACACCAACUCCUGGUCCGCAUCCAUUUCAGUCCAUUUCCUCUGCACCUUUUGCGCACACGAGCUAUGGAAUCCUCCGAAGCAUCGGCACCGAAACUGUUCGCUCGCGACAUCGCCGCUUAUAGCGAUACGGAACUUGAUCGGUAUCUGGCAGAGAACGGAAGGAUCGUCGAGGUUGAGGAUCCAGAGAACUUCCCGGACGAUUUCAUUCAGAGAUUAAGAGACCGGACACGCCGCAUGAGCGAAACAGCCGAGUCCCACCCUAUCGAUCUUGAUCAAGUUGCCGCCCUACUUCAGGACGUAUCCGCCGACCGAGAGCGAUCGCGCCGAUCGCCGUCCUCUGCAACAACUGAACCACCUUUGACCGAGGGUGAACAAUAUGUCGAGGAUCUGCGACGCCAGACAGGGUACUAUAAGAUGCUUGUUGACGAUGGCGGCCGUCCUUCACAUCCGCUGAGUCGGCUUGAAGAUAUUGUCAAGGAUCCUGGAGAAUACCGCGAGAUCCUGUCAUUUUGGCAGGAAAAGGCACAGCACACCAUCGAGCUUCUGCCGGGUGAAUGGAAGGUGUUUGAAACCCAAUUGUGGAGAUGGAAAGAUUUCCAGAGUCUGCAACGAUUCGCGAGGGGCCAAAGAGGCUACGAUUAUUGGCGAAGCCUUUGGGACGAGGAACGUAAGAUGAGGAGUUUCGAGUCCCCCGGGAGGUCAGACCCGGGAAUCUCUGAAGAGCGGUGGGAACACCACUGGCAGCUGUAUCAGAAAUAUGACAACUAUGUACGGCUCGGCACAUCGUACAUGCCAUGGCAACGAUUCAUCAGGCGCAAGGGGCAAACAAUAGGCCAGCAGGGCUUUCCGGAGUAUACCGAAGCGCUGAAAGAACGACUGGAGAGGCAUGGAUUCACGCGGCUAUUCCAGCUUGACGAGGAUGCCGCCCGGCAGGACAAGAUAACAACCUGGAUCGAAUAUCUUGGCUACGAGUACUGGUGGUACGACUACUAUAUAGGUAUUACUAGGAGUCACCAGAAACGGCACGACAAUGCUUGGAAGAAGCUCGUUGACUCGGAGGUGCUAAGGCCUGGGGAGACGGAGGAAGUCGUAUGCAAUAUCGAUACCACCUUUCAGGACGCGGGUGAAAAGGAGAUAGCUAAGAAAGCUAUGCAAUCUGCGAAGUUAGCUGUGUCCUCGGCGGAGACAACUAUAGCCAAAGGGCAGUCCAAACUCUCCCCACAGACACUUCAACAACGGCUGUUAGCAGCGCGAUCUAAGUUGGAGACGACACAGGCUAAAUACGAGUCGCUUAAGAGACGCAGUGAUUGCAUUACCGAAUUCAUUCAGCGGACAGAGGAUUACCGGAUUACCAAGAAGAAUGCAAAGCACCAUGACGUGCUGCUGCGAUGGAUGCUUCAGCAAAUUCCCUUGAUUGAGGCCGAGCUGAAUCCAUCGAACGAAUGUGGCUCGGACAAGAGCGGUAGAAAGAACGUGCUUAAACGCAACCGCAAUCGAUCAGAAGAGCUCCAUGAAAAUUCCCAAGAGCAGAGCCGCGGUGAAGGUGUGAGCGGGCCCAACCCGGACCAACUUGCACCCGCUGUUGUCAGUUUCCAAGAGCAACCCUCUAAGCGGCCAAGGCGCACCGCGAGUCUCUCAAACAACGCAGUAUCUAAUCCAGGAGAUCCAAAUUUAACCAAGGGAACACCUGCACCAAAGAGAGAACGCAAACCUCGGAAGGGGAAUAGGCAAGCUUCUUCAGAUCAGUCGCGAACAUCUAAACCUUUACGCCGCAGUGUCAGGAUCGCGGAAAGAGCAGCGAGAUUGGAUGCCGCAAUUACAGCCACUACGCUAGCACAGACACCGACACCUUCGCUAUCAACACUGUCAAGAAAGCGCAAAGGGAAGCGAGCCCGCACUGAAAUGGCUAGUCAACGUCGCACGUCGAAGCCGCAGGGUACAUCGAAGAGGGGCCGAACCUAUUCAUGAGGACAGCACUAUAUCUACUAUCGUCCUUGAUAUGAUUCGGGUUGCUUUCCUCGGCUUCAGGACCGUUUCGGAAGAGAGGCAACGAAUCUCAGCGAGCACAACUUCGCCAGUCUUUGUGACCGACGGGGUGCCACAAAAUAGGCCUUGGAGCUUCAAUACUGACGUACACGUGACUCUAGGUCCCCUUGUAUUAUCAAAACUAUUGAAGAUCAUGCGCACACGGUUAGAAAAGCCAGCUUGGCGCAGUUCUUCAAGUCCAAGCAGGUUCUCCAUCUCCAGAGUUAGCUGUAGAGCUAGAAGCGGACAGCGAAAAUGAAAGGGAUUUGCGAAGACAGCUUGGAAGCGAACAGGGUUCCAGAUAAGCAGGCGGAAAUUUUCUACUUCAAAUUAUCCCAGAUUUUGCGUUAGCAGCUGAAUAGAAUUCACUCAUCUGAAUGCC